GCUUGUUAGAGGCAAAAAUUCAGCUACAACUCAAAUCCUUCUCCAGCCCCUAGUAUAUAAAUAAUCUCCCUUCUAUAAGCCUUUUCAUCAUCAACCACAAGCAUUGUCUAUUCAGCUAUCAAACGUCUCCAACUUUCUUGUUAUCAUUCUUCAAGAGAAAACAAUGCUAAGUGUUAAGAAACUCAUCAAGAUGGCUAGGAAAUGGCAGAAGUUCGCAGCCAUGCAGAGGAAGAGGAUUUCACUUCCAAGAAAUGGAAAUGAUGCAGAAAGUUGCAGUACGUCUUCAUCAUUUAUAGCUGGAAAAGGCCAGUUUGUAGUGUAUACAACUGAUCAAAGACGCUUUCUGAUUCCAUUGGCUUAUCUGGAAAAUAAGCUCAUUUUGCAACUUUUAAACAUGUCUGAAGAAGAGUUUGGUCUGCCAAGUGGCGGCCCUAUUAUAUUACCGUGUGAUUCAGCUUUCAUGGAAUACAUUGUUUCACUAAUCAAGAAAGGCGCAACUGCUGAAGAUCUUCACAAAGCAUUGCUCCUCUUGAUUAGUUCAAGUUGCUCUUCAACUUCUUCUUUGCACCAAGAAUGGGGAAACCAGCAACUCCUUGUUUGUUGAAUCAUGUUCAUUAUAUUUAGUAAAUGAUAGCUCAAAAUAGAUUGUAUAUAUAUAUCAGAUUAAAAGUAGGUAGUUGAAACUGUGUAUACAAAUGAAAUUGAGAUUUAUAUGAAAUUUAACCAGAUUGAAAUCUUUCAUUUCUCAAUUGGUGAUUGAAAACUUCUAGCAUUCUCAUCUUGG